GAAAAAUAACGCAGAAUAUUCUUUACCUUUGCCUUUGGCCUCUCUGUACUUUAACACUUGCAGUCUUUGCCAAGGAACACCCCCAGUGGACUUUAACUCCUCUGUACACAUCUGUGUAUAUGUGUGUGUAUGUGUCAUGUGCCCUAACAUAAGUAACAAAAUUAAGUUUCUGUCCAAGACCGUCCUACCUCAGGGACCAGAGAUUUUCAACACAGCUCAUUAUGUUUAAACUGCACCCAGAUCCACCUCUGCUAAAUCAACAGAAGUAAUGAGCAGUAAUCUCCACUUUAGGCACAGCGGGCCAGCUUGUUUACAAUCAGCAUGUAGGAAGUACCGGCUGGGUGGGAGGGCUGAGUCAGGUGAACUGCCACGGUCUUAAGACAGCACACACACAAGGAAAAAUAUUUGCUCUUCCUUCCAGCUGUUAAGUGCCACAGAAGCUUGAAGGAAAAGGGAAGAGUUUCAGUGGGAGCAACAUGAGCGCUCAGGAUGAUUUCCCUAAAGACUGGAUUGACAAGGCCAAGGGAAAUGAUUGCUCUCCAACGAGAACAAGGAGAACCAGUUUGGGUGAGUACAACUACCACUUGCCUAUGGGAGACAGCUGUGACACCUUGGAGCCUUCAGUCCUGGACACUGAGCAACUCUUCCCACUGAUGGAGACCAAGCUGUAUAAGCGGCGCUGGGUCAUGCUAUUCAUCUUUAGCAUCUACUCCAUGAGCAAUGCCUUCAUGUGGCUGCAGUACGGCAUCAUCAGUAACAUCUUCAUGCGAUUCUACAAUGUCGACACCCUGGCCAUUGACUGGCUCUCCAUGAUCUAUUUCCUCACCUACAUCCCUCUCAUCCUGCCUGUCAUGUGGCUGCUGGACAACCGGGGCAUCAGAGACGUGGUGGUGGUGGGGUCCGCCUUCAACUGCAUCGGGGCUUGGAUCAAGACGAGCACGGCCGAGCCUGACAUGUUCGCCAUGACCUUCUUUGGCCAGUUUGUGUGUUCAGUGGCCACAGUUUAUAUCCUGGGCAUCCCAUCCAGGCUUGCGUCCCUCUGGUUUGGGCAGCAGGAGGUGUCCACCGCUUGUUCCAUUGGUGUUCUUGGAAACCAGAUGGGUAUCGCCAUCGGGUUCCUGGUUCCACCCAUCCUUGUGCCUAAUGUGGACGAUAUGAAUGAGCUGGCGUACCACAUCAGAAUCAUGUUCUACAUCAGCGCUGGAGUGGCCACCCUCAUCUUCAUCCUCGUGGUGAUCGUGUUUCAGGAGAAACCAGAGAUCCCUCCCUCCCAAUCCCAGGCCCAGGCCAGGAACAUGGCCCCAGACGAGUACUCGUACACGGCUUCCAUCUUGAGGCUGCUGUGCAACAAGCCCUUCAUGCUCCUGGUGGUCAGCUAUGGCCUGAAUGUCGGCUGCUUCUAUGCUGUUUCCACACUGUUGAACCGGAUGAUCAUUGAACAUUAUCCUGGUGAAGAGGUGAAUGCUGGGAGAAUUGGUCUGACCAUUGUCAUCGCGGGCAUGGUGGGGUCCCUCAUAUGUGGCAUUUGGCUGGACAAGACUAAAACCUACAAACAGACCACCCUGCUUGUAUAUCUCCUCUCUCUGAUUGGCAUGCUGGUCUAUGCCUUCACCCUCAACCUGGGUCACCUGUGGGUGGUGUUUGUCACAGCCGGAAUUUUAGGCUUCUUCAUGACCGGAUAUCUGCCUCUGGGCUUUGAGUUUGCAGUAGAGCUCACCUAUCCUGAAUCAGAGGGAACCUCAUCUGGACUUCUCAACUGUUCAGCUCAGAUCUUUGGAAUCAUUUUCACCAUCUCCCAAGGGAAGAUUAUUGAUAAAUGGGGCACUUUAGCGGGAAACAUCUUCCUGUGUAUCUUCCUGCUAAUAGGAUCAGUAAUGACAGGAUUCAUCAAGUCUGACCUCCGACGGCAGAAGGCCAACCUGCAGGCUGAAGUGCAGACAGUGAGCCCAACAGGGUCCGUGUCAUCGGUGCCGAACUACGAGGCUACGGCAUCCAGCGUCCCCUGGCAACGUCAGUAUUGACAUAAACCCACAACCUCACUAAAACCAAAACACACACCUGCCAAGAAAAUCACAGCUGAUCUGGAAGUAGGCGUCUCUCCACCUGAAAUCCUAAAAGAGGGGACUUUAUAAAGAGGACAGACGUUCACUCCGUCAGCGACACCGUAUACACAAAGAAAAAAAAAACAUCAACACAAAAAAAAACCCCCAACGAAAUACUGACUUGUCAACAUGCAUAGUGCCGCAGAGUACAAAAAGCUGCUGUGAGGAGUGAGCACAUGGAGCCUGAAUCAUACUGAAUAAUCCUCUGUGAGGCCUUUUAUGGACAGAGUAAGAACCAGCAGACCUGCUGUACAACACUCUGUGGCCUCCGGCCAUACUGUAGGAAUUUUACAUGUCUUGUCCGUACAAUCCAACUGACAAUCCAACACUUAAGUGACUCCAACAUUAUUACACUCUUUAACUUAUUUUUAGCUUUUUACUGUAUCCGAAUCUUUUACUGUCCCCUUCGGAUUAGUGUUAAUGUUGUGUUCUAUACGUCUAAUAAGCAAUAUUUAAACUGUGAGUGUUUCCUAAUAUUGGACUAACAUUGUGUGUAACUGAACUCAGUCUUUACAUUGCUAAAGAUAUUCAUUUUAAGUGUUCUGUUUUUAGAAUAUGCAUCUUAAAUGCAGACUAAGGACUGUAUUGUGAUUUCCUGUCAUGGCGGUCAGGCUCUGCAUCACCUCAGCAAGGCUUUCAUAUUAUCGCUGCCCGCCAUUCAGGAUCACAUAGAGGUAUGUACUUCUGAAUACUGCUGAUUAUAAAUAUGAUUGAUGCCGUGCAUCUGAGUACACUUUGGAAGGUCAGUUUUGUCCUUGUAUUACUGUACGCUCUCUCUACAAGAAGACAUUUAGAGAUGCAUAUCUGGAUCAACAUGUGAGAGGAUCUGGAACAUUAAGAAUGUCAGCACAGCACAAAACAAACAGGAGGAACAGGCAAACUGAUCUGUUGCCCAUGUCAUUUUGCACAAGACAAUGUUUUUAUGUUUGAUACUUAGCUUAGUUACUGAGACAUGUAGUUCAUGCUAUGUAACCGCUGUUUGUACAGUUUGUCAUUAACAUGUUAUACCUUAAGUGUUGUGGCUAGUUGUCUGCUUUAUCAUGAUGUGAUGUGAUCGUGAAAGGUGCUAGUUAUUACUUCAGUGGCAUUUUUCAGACAUUUUACAGUUCUGUGAAAAAGUGGACAUGUUGACAUUUUGUAUGCUGUAAACUGAUUUUUAAAAAUUCGAUUUUUUCUUCAGAGUGCAAUACACAGCAGAGUGUCUCGUGUAACACUCAGGUAUUGAGAAAAUCAAUCAAGCAAAGACAAAUCAAUACAUUAAAACAUGACUGAGAGAGUU